AAUUGUUUGGUUGAAUUAUCAUCGUUCAUCUUUUCCACCAUGGAGAACAAUUUUGAUCAGGAUUUGAUUUACGCAAUUUUCAAAAUGGUGUGGAGCAAGAAAGCAAUCGAGCGGGAGAAGAACGUAGACGGCGAGACUUCCAAGGGUGAGGAAGGAGCUGGAUCAUCCAAGAAAAACCGACCUACUUCUGCCAAUUCAAAUGCUGUGAAGCUGAGCUGUGAAAAACUUCGACUCUUUGUUUCAGAAGCAGUUCAUCGAGCUGCUACUAUUGCAGAAGCUGAAGGCAGAAACAAAAUUGAAGCAACUCAUCUGGAAAGGAUACUUCCUCAAUUACUUUUGGAUUUCUAAGGUACUAUAGUAGGUAGGACAAGUAGAUAUUAAUAUGACUCCAGUAUUUGUUUCUUUAACACUUUAUGAAUGCAAGUUAAUGAAUUUACCAUA